ACACGGUGAUGCGCGCGCCAUCCCACUCAACGUCUCCAUCAUUUCACUAUUAUGUCAUGGUCCACAAAUAAGCCCCUCCAUGAACAGUUGGCAUCAAUGGUGGAAAGCGCCUGGGCUGCAUACACAGAUGGUGCGUUCAACGAUGUGAAGAUCACAGGUUAUGGAAUUCCUCAAAAGAGCGGCAUGUGGAUAACUUCCUACCCAAACAAGAAGGAUGCGCUGUAUUGUACUUCUGCAAGGCUGUACCAUCCAUCUAUUGCACUGCUAGAGAAGAGAAGCAUGUUGAAUGGUGCUCAACGUGUUACAACAGACAUUGUACGCAGUCAUCUUCCUUUGUGCGCUCCUGUACGUCAGAUUACCAAACUUCGUCCGUUACUUAGGCAAAAGGAGGAAGCCGCAAUCACACAUCUGCCGAUUCGUCCUCACUCUUGCCCCACAGACAGUUAUCUAACAAAUGAACAUACAUAUGAUAUGGGAAAGGUUUUGUUACCGAAGCGCCAACAUGUUCCAAAGAAAGAGGAUGCGAUUUAUAACGCAAGAUAUAAAACGCAGCCGUGUUUACACUAUCAGAAAAACAGGCGCUGUCCCCUUGGAGAAAACUGCCACUUCGCGCAUGGUCCUGGUGAAUUGUUGCAUCCCCAAGCACACCCGAAAUAUCGCACCAGAUUAUGUGCCAAUUUUGUGCACACCGGAUUUUGUCCAUUCGAAAAAAAUUGCUACUUUCUCCAUUCCACCACCCUUGUCCCAGAUUCACUGUGUUUAGUGAAGAGCGGCCAGUUCCCACGAACACUGUAAUGGGUACGUGACUCCAAAUUCAGAUUUCUGGUAUAAUAUAUUUCACACAGAGUACUUUGCUUAAUUUUUUGUCCAUUGUUAUUACUAUGUUUUAGAGACCUAUUAUUCCUUUCACGCUAUCGGUCACUCGCUAGCGUUUUUCCAUUUUCCCUGGUCGUUAGGUAGAUUUACCAGUUUUGUAUACAUUUGAAUUUAUAUAUACCUUAGUUAUAUUGAG